AUGUUGAAGCCCUUCCAGAUCAGAGAUCUCCACGGAUCUUCAUCCCGAGAUCAGGAGGAGCCCUCAAAUCGCUCCAACGGCGCGGUUCAGAUCUCAGCUGUCGACUAUGAUCACCUCGCCUCAACCCAUCCCCGAGCAAGACUUAGUUAUCUUGACGAUGAUGAUGGUGACAAUAUCGAGGUCGGAUCCUCACUAGAACUGUCCCAGCGCCUCGAUGAGCCCGUUAAAAUCGAAGCAAUCCAAAUCUCCAGAGAUGAGCCGACACCCAUGCACCUCUUUGAUAUUCGCCGAUCCAACUCAAUCACUGAGCUAUGGAAGCGAUUCGAGAAGCAAGCUUCCGACACCCUCGAGACAGGUGAAGUGAAAAGCAGCGUUACUACGGAAGAAUACUCCAACGAUAAGCCUGCCAACGACCAAGCACCAGCUACCUUGAACACUACGUCCGUUUUCACAUCCGGUGAAAACCCUCUUUUGAGUGGAUAUGAGGCCGAGCUUGCAAUUCUAGCCAACCAUGCCAGUCCAUACCUACCGAAGGGCUCACAGCCAACUUCCUCGACCGAAGCUGGGCCAAAUGCGCCUAAUGUUGCUAGAGAGGAAUCACCGCCCCUCAUGGCAGCAUUCGAGGCCGAAUUAGCGAGCCUAAUGAACUCUACGGAGGACUCUACCACCAGGGGUCAGCAGACAGAGUCAUCGCCUCAGCCAGAUCAAGGUGCAGACUCGAGCUCGCAACGGACUCCUCACCCUGUCGAGAUCCUUGCAGCUCAAGUCCUCAGCCAUCUAGCAAAUGGCGCUAAUAUGGUCCAAUCUGAAUUCACCGCAAGGUUGCCAGAAAUGCAGCGUCAGCUAAAUGAUGCACGGGAACAGCUACGAGAUGCGCAGAGAACUCUACCUGAGAAUGUCAGAAUGUCGCUGCAUACUCUUCUCUCCACGAUUGAGGCUCGAAUGAAAAUCGCACUGGGGAGUCUGCCUACGGGAGGGCGUCAAUUUGCAGAAGAAGCAUUACACGCCGGAAGACCCGUGGCCGAGAACGCUGCAGAUGGAUUCCGCACGAUGGCGUCUGACUUUAAUGAGUUCGGAAAGUCAUUAUAUGCAGCGUUCGAAGAGGAAUUUGGACGAUCUGUCUUUGCACCCGCAAGUACGGGGCCUAGUGCGCCUAACACCACUGGUGCUGCGGCCUCUGGUUCUGCAGAUGAUUGUCCUCCUUCGUCAGAACCUACCUCUCACAACGCUGAAACCCAGCCCAUGGAUUCGAAAAGAGAUGAUGCCCCAGUUGCCAGUCAACCUCCGGUGUAUACCGGCAAAAAUAUGAAUGCUUCUGCCGUGCCGUCGGGACCUGAGAAUCUCAACCAAGGUGCCCAAGCGGGUCCUUUGCCAUGGAAUCUCCCUCCUACUCGCCAUGGUCGCCACCAUCCAGUACCUCCGCCCCAUCCUCGCCCACCUCCUCCGCCACCAUACCCAGGUCGAUGGCCCGUUCCUGGUUCCUUUGGCCAUCUGUUCACCACACCCCACAACCAUCCCAACCAAACCCAUCCGGCACCUGUGGCUACCGCUGAAGUCCCUUCAAGGGAUGCUGAUACACAGCCGGAAGGCGAGAAUAAGACAUUGUUUAUUGGGAAUGUCGGUUUCAAUGUGUCAGAAAAAAUGAUCCAAGAUGUCUUCGCUUCGAAGGGCUUUAUUGUGAACGUUGACCUUCCGUUGGAUGCCACUUCGGGUAAACACGCGGGCUUUGGGUACUUGCAUUUUCCAUCAAAGUAUCCAGCCAUUGCUGCAAUAGAUGCACUUCAGGGCGAACGUAUUGAUGGCUAUGCGAUCAAUCUCGAGUUCAGCGAGAACACACCCAUCGAAAAUGUCCUCGCAACGUCCAACUUGAACUCCAAUGGAACUCCCCAUAACGGUGCGCAAGGCUCCAAGCAAGUCAAUUCCAGCUCUCUUCCUCGACCAAGCAGCUCCAUCAAGCGGCAGAAGUCAUGUUCCCCUCGAGCUGGAUCGCCUCAGCUGAUUGAUCUAUCGUUUGAAGACAAUUCUGGCUCCGCUUGCGACUCCUCGCGCCAGGUUAAGGAUGAUCCAGAACAUAAACAAGGCAAUGAAGAUGAAUCUUUUUCGAAUUUCAAUCACGAGAAGGAAAUGAGUCGAUUCCCGCCUGUUUCCCAGUUAGAAGCACAACAUCUCGCAAAACAUAACCAGAAUCGUGCCACUCCCGCGAGUACACAUAGUGAUCCAACCCUGGAAUCCCCUCUGCGACGUUCACAGACUACUUCUAGUGUUCGUGGGACACGCCCCCUUGUCCACCCUUCCCUAGAGGGCCUAGAGGGGAUGAGAUAUGACGCUGGCCAACCGAAUCCUUCUGCUGCGAUGGGACCAUCUCUUCGUCGUUCGAGCACCAUGGUGUUCCCGCACCCCAGCCUCCAUCAUCCUGUCUCGGAUGAUACAGCCUAUCCCAGACUGAAACGACACGCAUCCGAGCGGCAUAGCCUUCGAUCGAGUGCCGAAACUGAUACCUGGGCACGACUUGACAGAAGAGAACGCCGCCGCUCGAGGCCGUCGUCUGAGCACAGCAUUCCCGGAAGCUUCCCUGUUGAGGAAACAAUUCAACCUUCGACUAGCAAUGAAUCUGAAAGCCUCAAUACAUCUGAAAUCGAGGCUUGCGUCUCCUCUCUUAUCGAUAUGGGCUAUGGCACUGCCGAAGAGGGUGGGCGAUCUCGGAUGGCAGUGUAUGCCGCCGCAUCAAACGGCAGUCUUCUAGAUGCCAUUGAGAUGAUCGAGGAGGAGAGAAAGGUGUAUGCGAAACACGACCAGAUUUGA